AUGAAUCCAAUGUGGAAGGUUUAUAAAAGCAAAGUGCUGAAGACUCUUAAUCCUGAGUAUGAGGAGGACACUGCUGAGGAGGUCACAGAGGCGGAGAACGACAUGUGUCCAGUGCAGGAAGCUGAGGGGCCCAACGCCGUCUCCCAGCUGGCCAGGAAGAUGCAGGGGGCAGGAACUAAAAGCUGGAACCGGCUAUCAUCACUCUUCAACAAAGAUGACGAACACCAGCUCCUAGAGGAGACUGAGAGCCCCCCUGUCGCUGACCAUCCACUUGCAGCAAAGCCAGAGGAGCCUGCACGACCCACCAGGCGCACGGGAUUCUGGGAUAGCUUUGCAGCCAACUGGGCAGCCAAGAAGCAAGCUGAAGCUGCAGCAGCAGCAGCUGCAAAUGAGGCAGCGACAGGGGAGGGUGAGGAAGGGGUGAGCGAGGCUGGAGGGGAGGAAGGCCAGCAGGAUGGGCAGGCCACUGAGGGAGAGGAGAGUGAAGGGGGAGGAAGGAGCAACAACAGCUUCUCUAAGUACGUCUCGCUGGGAGGAGGCAACGAGGAUGCAUCUUUCAAAUGGAACUUUGUUACGAGCAAGCUGGCAGACCUGAAGACCAAGAGCAUGACCAAAACCAAUUAGACGUCCCGUGAAGGAGAAAUCAAAAGAAGAUAAACAACACGAUGAGGCUGGUAGAUGUAGGAGGAAGGUCAAUUUUGCAAAGGCGACCCUGUAACUAAACUGGUCCCUCUUAUAGUCCCUCUUUACUAUCAGCUAUUUUAUGCUCCAGAAAGAUAUUUGUUCACAGCCACAUUACAACCAAGAUUGUUGAUAUAAA